AUGUCAGAUUCGGACGAUCUCGUUUGCUUAUCAAAACGCCCUGGGCUUCCAAACCUAUGGGAAUGUCGAAAAAUCAUCAAAAACUACAUCGAAGUAGCUAUCGGCCGAGGAGAACAACCAACAUUCGAUGGAGUUCUCACGCACCUGGGUCGAAUCUACGACGGAGAUAUCAAGGGAGACGAAAAGUUAUUGAAAAAACUGCAGGACAAAUACGACAAGUUAGCCGAAGAACUUGCGAAGAACAGCGCUGUCUUGAAAGCUUCGAAGCCGCUGGACAGAAAUGGAAAUCUGACCGAGGCGGAUUUGUGCACGCUUGAAGAGAAAGAAUGGUUGAACGACGCGAUCAUCAACGAGUAUUUGAAACUGGUCGUCAAGAAUCAAAAAGCUACCGGGAUACGAAAUUUUUCCUCUUAG